GGGUUUGGGCCGAGAUAUCAACAACCCGCAAAAUAGCGGGCCUUGCGGGCUGAGGCUUGGUUGGUACCGGGCUCUAUGCGGGACGGCCCAAUGCGUACCGCGGGAUGCCCUAGAUCCCGCUUCCUUUCGUCAUUUGCGAUUCUGCCUCUUCACCUGAAAAAACAAAAAGAAAAAGAUGAACGGAGAAAGCGAUGACGAUGUAGUUCACCUCGUGAAGAAAUGGAGCUCCGAGCCUCCGACCACGGCCGUUCGAUGUCCGGUGCUGACCACAUAGUAUUCGAUCUUCACCAGAGAAGCUAAGUAGAGAAAGCUCCAACAAAGUCGAUUCUUCUUCUUCGAUGUCUCUUCAUGAGCUUCUAAGCUUCACAGUUCAGACAUGCAUGUACAACUUUGAAUCAACGGAGCUUCUCUUCCUUGUCAUUCCACCACCGAAGCCUCUCUUUGUCUUUGUUCCAUCAGCUGAGCUCCGACGACGGUUCCAUCACCUGAGCUCUGACGGCAUUACCUGAGCUCCGACGCCGGCGGUUCUUACUCAUGAGCUUCUCUUAUAGUUUAAUGAUCUUUGGUCAGCAGUAUGCGUUUAACCUGUUUUCCCUUAACGCUCCCGUUACUGAGAAUGGUUACAACGAAGAGGAGAUGAAACUUGUCAAAGAGACAAGGAAGAUCUGGAAUGACACAGAAGUGAAAGUAACAGCGACGUGUAUACGUGUUCCGGUAAUGCGUGCUCAUGCAGAGAGUGUAAAUCUCCAGUUUGAUAAUCCUCUCGAUGAGUGAAUCAUCAGAGCUUCUCUUCCUUGUCAUUCCACCACCGAAGCCUCUCUUUGUCUUCGUUCCAUCAGGCUGAGCUCCGACGACGGUUCCAUCAGCUGAGCUCCGACGACGGUUCCAUCAGCUGAGCUCCGACGACGGUUCCAUCAGCUGAGCUCCGACGACGAUUCCAUUACCUGAGGUUUGACGACUGUUCCAUCACCUGAGCUCCGACGACGGCAGUUCUUUCUCACGGCAAGUACAUGUUAUGUAUUUCAAACAAAAAAAUAAGUUAUUUUAACUUAAAUCUUUGCUCUAACUCUUGAAUUUUUUCAUCUUCUUCUCCUCUUUGAAGUCAAGACGUGUGUUGUCUCGAGUGAUGGUGAACUCGUAGGCGUUGGAGUGAUGGCGAACUAGGAGGCAACCGCUCGUUAGCUUAGCAGACUCAUUUCGAUAUAACAGCUAAGGACCUCGGGUUAGUAGACCUAGUAAGCAUUGAUAGGACUCACGGUUUAGCUAGAGGAACUCGCUGUUUAGAUAGGACUGCUGUUUAGAUAGGUUAACUCAUUGUCUGGCUUAGAAGUUAGAACUCGAUCAUGUUGUUAGAUACUUAGAUGCUUGUUGUUUGAGAACUAGUAGGAAUUGAUAGGAAUGGCUUGAUCUGUUGUUAGAUGCUUAAUUGAUAGGAAUGGCUUGAUAUGUUGUUAGAUGCUUGUUGUUUGAGAACUAGUGAGAAUUGAUAGGAAUGCUUUGAUCUGUUGUUAGAUACUUAGAUGCUUGUUAUCUUGAGAACACGUAACUUCUAUUUUUAUUUUUUUUAAGUAUCAAAAUUUUACAAAAUUUAAUUUAAAAAUUAACUUUAGUAAAAAACCCUACGUCCACUUAGUCACGUAUAGGAGAAGUUAGAAGCAGCCGUAAGUUAAAACUUAGAAUUAUCAAAAAAAACCAGCAACAAUAGAAACUUGAGAGACGAUGGGAUCAUCCAGAGACGACUCAGAAGAGCAAUUCAGUUUGAAUACUAACUACUCGCCACCAGCUACCUGUGACUUGGGGACUCAGCAACUCAUUGCCAGACUUGCUGCAGAAGAAGAAAGGGAUGAUCUGAGAGCUGAUGAGGCUAAUGAUGGAAAGAAGCAAGCACGGAAAAGAAAGUUGAUUAGUCUGGUCGAUUCAGAAGAAGAAUCUGAUGUUGAAAUCACACCCCCAACCCAAUCGAGCAAGCCUCGCAGACAAACAACUUAUGGAACAGCCAAGCGGAAGCCCAUGUUACAAUCCACUCUGGAUGGUGGUAGUGGCUCGUCCGCACGGGCUCGUAGUCAGAAGAAUAUUCCCUUGAAAGCCGUGAUUAGGGGAGGAAGAAGAAAGGCAUCACCUCAGGCCUUGUCUAGUGAGGCGCGGAAAAAGAAGGGCUCCUCUAGUCGGUCGCAGAAGAAUAAGAAGAAGAUUGAAGAGGAUAUACCGGAUUUUGAUGAUGAUUUGGAAGAAGUUGAGUUGGACGAGGCUGAAAUCAAUUUGGAAGAGAUGGAGAGUAGGCAAUGGUCAGACGUCUGGAAGGAUUUCACUGUGGUUGAAAAACCAAAUGGAGAUUUGAAAGCUGUAUGCAAUCAUUGCAAGAAUGAGUAUGCGUGGUAUUCUCACUCGCAUGGAACAAGUGGGUUGAGGAGACAUCGAGGGAGAUGUAAAAUGUAUCCAAGGAAUGGAGGAAGGCAGCAACAACUCAAUACCGAGGGUAAAGUAGUAGCUCGCAAGUACGAUCAUACUGUGUUUAGGCAGUUGGUAGCAAAGACAAUUGUCCAGCAUGAUCUACCAUACUCUUACGUGGAGUAUGAGAGAGUGAGAGAGACAUGGAAGUAUUUGAAUGUUGAUGUCCAAUUCAUCUGUCGAAACACGGCGAAAUCAGAUGUUUAUCGUUUGUAUGAAAGCGAGAGAGAGACACUGAAACGUGAGUUAGCGAGUCUUCCUGGACGAGUCUCCUUCACUUCCGACUUGUGGACAUCACUGAAACGUGAAGGAUACAUGUGUGUGACAGCACAUUACAUUGAUCGGAAUUGGAAGUUGAACAGCAAAAUCCUGUCAUUCAGUGCUCUACCACCACCACAUAACGGAAUGAGUGUUGCGGUUCACCUUCUUGAGUCGCUGCAAGAGUGGGGUCUCGACAAGAAGGUUUUCUCUAUCACAUUGGAUAAUGCUUCAAGUAAUGACUCGAUGCAAGACAUAGUCAAAUCGCAGUUGUUGUUAAAUGAUGAUUUGUUAUGUGGAGGAGAAUUUUUCCAUGUCAGAUGUGCUGCUCACAUCCUUAACCUGAUAGUGCAAGAUGGUUUGAAGGUUAUUGGAGGCGCUUUGCACAAAGUUAGAGAGAGUAUUAAGUAUGUGCUAGCAUCGGAAGCGCGGGAAGAGUUGUUUGAAAAAUGCGUGAAUGCUGCAGGCAUAACUGAAAACGCGGGUCUGAUCUUGGAUGUGCAGACAAGAUGGAACUCGACUUACUUUAUGCUUGAAAGAGCCAUCAAAUUCCGUAAAGCAUUUGUUAAGUUGGAGACAUUUGAUAAGAGAGGUUAUAAAGUGGCGCCUACAGCUGAAGAAUGGACGCGAGCUGAUAAGAUAUGCCAAUUUUUGUGCCCUUUCGCAGAGAUCACAAAACUGAUGUCAGGUGCUAAUUACCCCACCUCGAACUUGUAUUUUUAUCAAGUUUGGUCCAUCCAUGAGUGGCUACAAAUGAAUGAGUUCAGCGAGGAUGAGAUCGUCCGAAAAAUGGUGCCACCAAUGAAAGAGAAAUUUGAUAAGUAUUGGGAUGAAGUUAGUGGGGUUUUUGCAAUGGCAGCAGUCUUUGAUCCACGUUUCAAGCUUUCAAUUGUGGAGUGUUGCUUAGGGAAGCUUGACAUGAGUACACGUGAUGUGAAGUUGAAGAACUUGCGCCAGAAGCUGAGUAUUUUGUUCGAGUCUUACGACAAAAAAUCCAAGGCUAACUCACCGUCUACGGAGCCACGUGAGACGGUUCCACAAAAUGUCACUUCUGCAGGUUCCAUGGGACUGUUUGGAAACUACCAAGAAUUCUUUAAAUUUCGCAAAGUCAACGGAGCUGCUACUGGAAAGACAGCUCUAGAAGCUUAUCUUGAUGAACCUCCUUUGGACAUUGAUAGUUUAGAGAGCUUGGACAUUCUCCAAUUCUGGAAAACUAACACUCAUCGUUACGGUGAUUUGGCUGCAAUGGCUUGUGAUCUGCUCAGCAUUCCUAUCACAACAGUGGCUUCAGAGUCCUCCUUUAGUAUUGGGUCGCGAGUUCUUAACAAAUACCGUAGCCGUUUACUCCCAAAAAAUGUUCAAGCUCUGAUAUGCACAAGGAAUUGGAUCAAAGGAUACGAGGCUUAUGAACAUGAAGAUGAAAUUGAUCCUGAAGAGGAGACAUUGCCAUCUUUUGACUCUAUUGCCAAUGAGGAAAAUGAUGAUGAGGAAGUUUGAUAUCUUUCUUGAUUUGCUGUUUUGUCUUCUUUCAAUUUUUUGGAUUUGUUUCAGUACUAUGAUUGGUUUUUUUAGCUUUUAUUACAUUGGUGUUUUGGUUAAGACAAUAUGAAGUCCAGUUGCUUUUCUUUUUGUUAUCAACAGAGUGAAUGUUGCUUUUCUAAACUACAUAUACACGACCAUAAUCUUAUACACGACAACAAA